CUUUAACCCCUCAUUCUUUUUUCUUCUCUAAAAAUCAACUGAGAGGCAAAACUAGAAGCCAAGAAUGUAAAAGAUAAGGCACUUGUGGAGAGCUCGCGCUGCAAACACUUCCACUUCCUCGUAUUCACAAUCGCAAACCCAAUCCAAUGGUUCAUAAUUCACCAUCAGACCACCCCCAGCAAAAUAUAUUACCAUACCAUAUCCCACUUUUAACAACUAGCCGAAAGUAGUUUGUGUUUCUGUAGAUACAAAGAAAGAUAUGGCUUCUCUUCCCUUUAGCUUUGCUCCAGCUACUGUGAGAGUUUAUGCAGCUACAGAAGCUAAAGGUGCUGGUGGUGGCAAAGAAGAAAAGGGUCUUCUUGAUUGGAUUCUUGGGAACUUGCAGAAGGAAGAACAAUUUUACGAAACUGAUCCAAUCCUGGCAAAAGUUGAAGACAAGAAUAGUGGCACUACAAGUGAGCGCUCCAAGAACUCAGUUGCUGUUCCACCGAAGAAGAAAGGUGGGUUUGGAGGUCUCUUUUCCAAGAAAUGACCACUAAUUAUUGCCUCUUAAUUAGCUUUUUUUAACCAUUGAUCAUGUCUUGUACUUAAUUUCCUUUCAAAGUGAUUCUUCAAACUUAAGUUACGUUUCCUUCUCAUUUACAUAUAUGAAUCAUUUCAAAUCAUCUACUAA